AAGAUAGUAGAAGGUACGUUUGUCUCGAAAAUUUUAGUAGAAGGAGACAUAAAAUAUAUUGAUAAGUAUGUCAAGAGCUUUCUUCCUCAAAGGACUGACUUCUUCAGUGCCCCUGCAGCAUCAAAUGGGUCGGGUUUCAUUGUUAAAGAAGAUGGCCUAAUCCUCACAAAUGCACAUGUUGUUAUUAAUAAACCAAACAGUACUGUGCAGGUCAGACUUAAAGAUGGAAAGACUUACAGAGGAGUUGUGGAAGAUAUUGACAUAAAAUCUGAUCUGGCCACUGUUCGCAUACCUUGUAAAAAUUUACCAGUGAUGCGACUUGGGUCUUCUCGAGAACUGAGACCAGGUGAAUGGGUAGUGGCAAUUGGUAGCCCUUUGUCUCUUUCCAACACUAUCACUGCAGGUGUGAUUUCAUCAGUGAACAGGCCUUCAGAGGAACUGGGUCUCAGAGGUCGUGACAUGGAAUACAUACAAACAGAUGCUGCAAUAACAUUUGGGAAUUCUGGAGGCCCACUGGUUAACUUGGAUGGAGAAGUUAUCGGUAUUAAUUCCAUGAAAGUCACAGCUGGUAUUUCAUUUGCAAUACCUAUUGAUUAUGCCAAGGAGUUUUUGAAGAAAAGCGAGGAAAGAAAGAAAGCAGGGGCACCUACAGGACUAUCAACAAAGCGACGUUAUAUGGGCAUAACAAUGCUCACACUAACUCCAGAUAUUAUAUAUGAACUUCAAAGCAGAAAUCGUCCAAUUCCACCUGAUGUGACACAUGGUGUACUUGUAUGGAAGGUGGUGGUUGGAUCACCUGCUUACAGUGGUGGUCUGAUGCCUGGCGAUAUAGUAACAUACAUCAACAACGUUCCUGUUUCUUCGGCAACAAAUAUUUACCAAGCACUGGAAACUUGUACUCGAUUGGAAAUGAUUGUUGUGCGUGGAUUUCAGAAAUUUAAGGUCACAGUUAUACCUGAAGAUCCCUGAUACAGAGGAAUAAGGUAUUCUAAGCCAUGUGUGUUAUGUAUUUGAUGCCAGUUGAAAAGUGAAAUGAAAACUUCAGAUAAAGUAAUUUAUUGUUUGUACAAAAUACACAUGCUUAUAUUUUACCAAGAAUAAAAGAUAUUUGUUGGUAUGUAAGAA